AUGGCAAAGUGGUUCAGAGAAUUCCCCAUCAAUUUGAAGAACGGUACUGAUAGGAUCCGCUCCGCUUCAGAAUCAGGCUCCCAAUCCAGGGGUAAAAUUGGACUGGUAGCUGGCAUUGGCACCAAAGCAACCAGCUCCAAAGGGAGUCCGCGCAAAAACUCGGGAAUGGAUAGUAGUGGCGGUGGUGGAGUCGUUGGUGCUCUACUGUCAGGAAGAAAUAGGAAAAAUUCUGCCAUCGAAUUGGGAAGGAAUGGCACAAGUUCGAUAAAGGAUGGAAAAGUUUGGGACAGCCUUAUAGGUAAAAGUCGCAAAAAUUCCAAAGCAGAGUCGCCAGUGUUUGAUGAGCACCGGCCACUGAAAAGUUCCAGUUCUGCGAAUGCCUACAUCAGUCGUCUGAUCAAAGUGGAUAAGCAGGACAAGAGCCAGAACUUCAGCAGCAGCCAAGUGGUACUCGAAACAGAGAAAUCACAGCCACUGUGCAAAACAGAGACGGUAAGUAAUGUUGAAGCACUUUAGAAAUUGUAGACUAUUUCUAUUAUAAACAGGAUGUGAUGCUGGACUCAGGGGUAGACCUAACAUUGUAAAUGUAAAUCUGUCUCCCUCCAUUUAGUAUGAUAUGUUGCGUUUCGUAUGGUGUGUACAAUGCCUUCAGAAAGUAUUCACCCUUUACCUUUUCCACAUUUUGUUGUGUUACAGCCUGAAUUUAAAAUUUAUUAAAUUGAGAUUUUGUGUCACCGAUUUACACACAAUACCCCAUAGAGUCAAAGCGGAAUUUAGUUUGUAGAACAUUUUAGAAAUUAAUAAAAAAAUGAAAAGCUGAAAUGUCUUGAGUCAAUAAGUAUUCAACCCAUUUGUUAUGGCAAGCCUAACUCAAUUCGGGAGUAAAAAUGUGCUUAACAAAUCGCAUAAUAAGUUGCAUGGACUUAUUCCGUGUUCAAUAAUAGUGGUUAACUUGAUUUUUGAAUAACUACCCCAUCUCUGUACUCCACACAUAUAAUAAUCUGUAAGGUCCCUCAAUCGAGUAGUAUAGUCAAUUUCAAGCAAAGAUUCAAUCACAAAGACCAGGGAGGUUUUUUAAUGCCUCGCAAAGAAGGGCACCGCUUGGUAAAAAAAAAAGCAGAUGCUGAAUAUCCCCUUGAGCAUGGUGAAGUUAUUAAUUAGGAUUUGGAUGGUGUAUUAAUACACCCAGCCACUACUAAGAUACAGGCGUCCUUCCUAACUCAGUUGCAGGAGAGGAAGGAAACUGCUCAGGGAUUUCACCAUAAGGCCAAUGGUGAUUUUAAAACAGUUACAAAGUUUAAUGAGUGGUUGUGAUAUGAGAAAACUGAGGAUGGAUCAACAACAUUGUAGAUACUCCACAAUACUAACCUAGAGUGGCUUGCGAAAGUAUUCACCCCCUUGACAUUUUUCCUAUUUUGUUGCCUUACAACCUGGAAUUAAAAUUGAUUUUUUUGGGGGGUUGUAUCAUUUGAUUUACACAACAUGCCUACCACUUUGAAGAUGCAAAAUAUUUUUUGGGGUGAAACAAACAAGAAAUAAGACAAAAAAACAGGUAAAACUUGAGCGUGCAUAACUAUUCACCCCCCACCAAAGUCAAUACUCUGUAGAGCCACCUUUUGCACCAAUUACAGCUGUAAGUCUUGCGGUAUGUCUCUAUAAGCUUGGCACAUCUAGCCACUGGGAUUUUGCCCAUUCUUCAAGGCAAAACUGCUCCAGCUCCUUCAAGUUGGAUGGGUUCCGCUGGUGUACAGCAAUCUUUAAGUCAUACCACAGAUUCUCAAUUGGAUUGAGGUCUGGGCUUUGACUAGGCCAUUCCAAGACAUUUAAAUGUUUCCCUUUAAACUACUCGAGUGUUGCUUUAGCAGUAUGCUUAGGGUCAUUGUCCUGCUGGAAGGUGAACCUCCGUCCCAGGCUCAACGUGUUUCCUUAUUUUUUUCUUUAAGCAAUGGCUUUUUUCUGGCCACUCUUCCAUAAAGCCCACUCUGUGGAGUGUAUGGCUGAAAGUGGUCCUAUGGACAGAUACUCCAAUCUCCGCUGUGGAGCUUUGUAGCUCCUUCAGGGUUAUCUUUGGUUUCUUUGUUGCCUCUCUGAUUAAUGCCCUCCUUGCCAGGUCCGUGAGUUAUGGUGGGCGGCCCUCUCUUGGCAGGUUUGUUGUGGUGCCAUAUUCUUUCCAUUUUUUUAUAAUGGAUUUAAUGGUGCUCCAUGGGAUGUUCAAAGUUUCUGAUAUUUUUUUAUAACCCAACCCUGAUCUGUACUUCUCCACAACUUUGUCCCUGACCUGUUUGAAGAGCUCCUUGGUCUUCAUGGUGCCGCUUGCUUGGUGGUGCCCCUUGCUUAGUGGUGUUGCAGACUCUGGGGCCUUUCAGAACAGGUGUAUAUAUUCUGAGAUCAUGUGACAAAUCAUGUGACACUUAGAUUGCACACAGGUGGACUUUAUUGAACUAAUUAUGUGACUUCUGAAGGUAAUUGGUUGCACCAGACCUUAUUUAGGGGCUUCAUAGCAAAGGGGGUGAAUACAUAUGAACGCACCACUUUUCCGUUAUUUAUAGAUUUUUUUUUGUUGAAACAAGUUAUUUUUUAAAAUUUCUCUUCACCAAUUUGGAGUAUUUUACAUGAAAUACAAAUAAAGAUCCAUUUAAAUUACAGGUUGUAAUGCAACAAAAUAGGAAAAACACCAAGGGGGAUGAAUACUUUUGCAAGGCACUGUACAUGACAAAGUGAAAAGAAGGAACCCUGUACAGAAUACAAAUAUUCCAAAACAUGCAUCAAGUUUGCAAUAAGGCACUAAAGUAAUACUGCAAAAAGAAAUUGGUAAAUCACUUUUUGUCCUGAAUACCAAGCUUUAUGUUUGGGGAAAAUCCAAUCCAACACAUCAGUGAGUACCACUCUUCAUAUUUUCAAGCAUGGUUGUGGCUGCAUCAUGUUAUGGGUAUGCUUGUCAUCGGCAAGGACUAGGGAGUUUUUUUUGGGAUAAAAAUAAACGGAAUAGGAAAAUCUGGUUAAAAGGAAUAAUGGGCAAAUAUUGUACAAUACAUAAUGCAAAGCUCUUAGGGACUUACGCAAAAAGACUCACAGCUGUAAUCGCCGCCAAAGGUGCUUCUACAAAGUAUUGACUCAGGGGUUUGAAUACUUAUGUAAAUUAGAUAUUUCUGUAUUUCAUUUUCAAUAAAUUGGCCCAAAAUUCUAAAAACAUGUUUUGACUUUGUCAUUGUGGGGUAUUGUGUGUAGAUGGGUGAGAAAAAAAAUAUUUAAUCCAUUUUGAAUUCAGGCUGUAACACAACAAAAUGUGGAAUAAGUCAAGAGGUAUAAAUACUUUCUGAAGGCACUGUAUUAAUUUGUGGAUGUCCAUCAUCCAUUUUGCAUGAUAUAUAACUAAUUGCAAUUUGUACAAUAUGUUACGAAUUGGCAAAACAAAUGAUAUGUUGCGAAUUCCAAUUUGUUGUGGCUAAUGUUAGCUAGGUGGUUAGGGUUAGGGGUUAAGGUUAGGGUUACGGUUUAGAUUAGGAGUUAGGUUAAUGGGUUAAGGUCAGGGUUAAGGGAGGGUUAGCUAACAUGCUAAGUAGUUAUAAAGUAGAUAAAAUGCUAAAGUUAUCCGUGAUGAGAUUUGAACAUACAACCUUUGGGUUGCUAGACAUUUGUGUUAUAUGGUCACCCAUCCACCCCUACCAACCACCCUCCUUUCGUUUUUGCCUUAAGUAACCUUCUGUCUUAUGUAGCCAUACCAAACUUAGCAUAUCAUACUAAUUAGACUGUCCCGGAUUUACAUUUACUAUGUUACGCCUAGUCUAUGAGGCCAGGCUGGAUUUAUAGAGGUAAUCAAAUCAAAUCAAAUAUUAUUUGUCACAUGCUUCAUAAACAACAGGUGUAGACUAACAGUGAAAUGCUUACUUAAGGGGCCCUUCCCAACAAUGCAGAGAGAAAAAAAUAGAAAUAAUAGAAAAAUAAUAACACAAUGAAUAAAUACACAAUGAGUAACGAUAACUUGGCUAUAUACACAGGGUACUAUUACCGAGUUGAUGUGCAGGGGUACGAGGUAAUUGAGGUAGAUAUGUACAUAUAGGUAGGGAUAAAGUGACUAGGCAACAGGAUAGAUAAUAAACAGCAGCGUAUGUGAUGAGUCAAAAUAGUUAGUGCAAAAAGGGUCAAUGCAGAUAGUCCGGGUGGCUAUUAUAACUAACUAUUUAGCAGUCUCAUUUCUUGGGGGUAGAAGCUAUUCAGGGUCCUGUUGGUUCCUGACUUGGUGCAGUAGGAGAGAGAACAGUCUACGACUUGGGUGGCUGGAGUCUUUGACCAUUUUUAGGGCCUUCCUCUGACACCGCCUGGUAUAGAGGUCCUGGAUGGCAGGGAGCUCGGACCCAGAAUGAUGCUAAUGAUAAAUGCUAAUAAUACAUUUGAUAAUUAGUCUUUAUUUGUUUGUUUGUUUAGCUUGCAAUACGUUUUAUUAUGGGGGUAUAGGCCUAUAUAGCAGUAAUUGUAUGAGGGCCGGGGUGUAUAAUGACUACAAAUUCAAAGUAUAAACUUGAACUUCAUUUGAAUGACUCUCAAUCAAUGAAUGAAGCAUAACUAUUAUAUUAUAUUAACAGCCAUGAUUAUUAUAAGCCAUGAUUAUUAUAAGCCAUGAUUUAAUAGUAGGCUGCAACAGGAAUCCUACUCAAAAAUAAUACUGUUGACACUGAAAAGCAAAGGAACGGUCGAAGCUGUGAAAGUUGAUAUCAUUGUUUCAGUUUUCCUCCCUCCCCUUUGUCUCUGAAUCUCAUUGUAUCCACUCUUCCUUGUCUGCCUCUCUUUCCCUUCCUUUCCAUCUCCCUCUCAAUUCAAUUCAAUUAAAUUAAAUUCAAAGGGCUUUAUUGGCAUGGGAAACAUAUGUUUACAAGUGAAAUAGAUAAUAAACCAAAGUGAAAUAAACAAUACAAAAUGAACGGUAAACAUUACACUCACAAAAGUUCUAAAGGAAUAGAGACAUUUCAAAGGUCAUAUUCUCACCCCUAUUGAAAGUUACCCCUCCCAUCCCCUCUGUUCCUGGCGCAGUGUUCCCCCUCUCUCACCCCUCUGCCUCCACCUCAUCCUUCUCUUUUCUCUCUUUCAAGCCCCAGGUGAAGGCUAUCAUGUUGUAAAAAGCAUUGUGUGCUAAUCCAGGUCCCCUCUGGCUAGGCUUUGAAAAAAUAAAAGCGAGAGAAAACGAUGUAGCGAGAUGGUGUGAAAAAAAGAGAUAAAAGAGGGAGGAGAAAUAGAGAGUUUUGAGGGGUAAAUCCCUUCCCUCGCCUGUUUGCCCCAGUCGCUGGGGUUGUCAUUCUGUUGUCAAUCUGACUGUCUUUGUUUGGCUUAUGAAAAGGGGAAUAUCUCUCAGGGGCCUCAGAGGAAGCUACAUUUUUGCAGCAUUUCCAUUAUAAGACUUUAUCCCAGUGUUUGGCAUAAAGACAGACUUUUGUGUUUCCACUUAUGAGGUCCCCAAAAUAUCUACUAUGGCCCCAAAAAGACCUAACCUGACAUGGGGCUGACUGAGGAACUCAGGGCCUGAUCAGCUGUAGCCUAUAUAUAAUUUUGCUUAUCCUACACACCAUAUUGUGGUCAGGUCACAGGAAGUGCUAAAGCGUGUGCGUGUGUGAGCGAGAGAGCGACAGAGAUUGUGUCUGCGUGUGUUGUUUGUUGGAGUUGUCCCUAAAAGUGCUAAAGCCAUCACCAGUUGAAUCAGAUUUGGCAUACUCUGUGCUAUUAGAUCCUGGUAGAAAGAUGAGUGGACGAAUUGGGGUCUAAAGAUGUAGGAUCUUAAUUUGAUCACUCUUUUGUUGAUGAGAAUUUUCCUUGCACAGGAGGAAAUGCAAAUUUGUAGUGUAUUCAAGUUUUUAAAAGGCUUCUAAAGUUUGUUAUUUCCACUUUAACAUUUCAGACUUGAUUUGCCCUAACAUAAAAUGUUUCAUUCCCUACUAAUGAUUUCCAUUAAUUAUAAUCCACAUAAUAAUUCACAUUUCCUGUUGCUACAGGAUUAUUUUCCUGCUGUAGAAAACUGGCUCAAAUUAAGACCCAGUCAUUGUCAUUUACCAUCAUCCUGCUUGUAAGGGAACAUAACUAGAGAUUACUUUAUCUUGUUCACCAGCCACUAUAUGCAGUAUCAAUUGAGCCUGGGGGUGAGGUUAGAGAUGACUGAACAAUAACAUUUAUUACACCAAAACGACCCCCUGUACAGACACUGACCUGGUAUCUAGUAUCUGGCAGUGAGAUAAACUUGAAAGGCCUUGACCCUAAUAAAAAGACAGAGCAGAGCAGUCAAGUGUGAAUUAAUUUAUUUUGCAAUGGUGCUAUUUAACAGAUACUGUAGGUGUUGUUGUUAGGAUAAUGGAUCUGGGACAAAGAACAUGCAACAAUGAUACCGCUGUACUUUUUUUUAACAUUGACAAUAGAUGGGCCUGAUUGGGUACUGCUUUGUAUCACUGAUGAUAUAUCUAUUUUUGAUCUCUUUGGGAAGCAGGGCAAAAAAACAAAAAACCCAUGACGUCUCUUUGUUGUUAUCUCACCUUUUUCUUUCCCUCUAGUGAAUCAUACUUCUACUUUGUGGGCACAGAUUAAGACUAGUCUUGGACUAAAAAGCACGCUCAAUGGAUAAUCUCCAUUGAAAUAGUUUUUUAAAUCUAGGACUAGACUUAAUAUGUGUCUGGGAAACCAGCCCAGAGUCCUUUAGUAAUUAUCAUGCGUAUUCAUUUUGCUGUGCUCCUUUGCUUCAGGUGAUCAUUCUUGAGGACUAUGCAGAUCCCUUUGACGCCCACAAGACUCGGGAGGAGAGGGAUGCGGAGAGAGAGGGGGAGAAUGAUGGAUACAUGGAGCCUUACGACGCGCAGCAGAUGAUCACUGGUGAGACACACUAUUCAUUAUUUUAGCCUACUCAAAUUUGGAUAACAAGCAUAGAUUUUGGAUCAGGUCCCAGCUUUGAGGAUGUGGUAAUCUGAUCUGAUAUCAGUGGCCAGGAAAGUUUGUGCCUGUUUUUUCUAUUGUUGUUCGUAUGCAUGUUUUUUGUCUUAGGCCUAUGUGUGAUAAACUUCUUAGUCUGGUGUUUGUUUGUGCAGGCAUGUGCCAGGCCUCAUUGGCUGAAUUCUAUGUAUGUGUGUUUGGACUGCCAUUUUCAGUCUAGCCAGAAAAGAGCGAUUAGAAAUGUUGAAGUACGUGAACUCAAUCGCCUAGCACUGUACCCCAUGGAGGUUGCUAUGGCAACUGUGUUGUGCUAGGACAAUGGGUGCAGUUUCCUGUCUCUGCUUCCUUUUUCCUGUCUCUGUUUCCUGGUACUUUCCUGGUACUCCCCCCCCCCCCCCCCCCCCCCCCCCCCGCCCUCCCCUCAGAGCCCCUGCAUGGCCCCCUAUAUGGGCAGGCUCUGACCAUUUCUCAAAACCUCCCAGCAUCCAGGAAGACAACUGGUCAGUCAACCAAUCACUUGUUCUCUUGACCACCUUUGAUUCCGUCACUUCAUUGUUUUACCCAUAAUGGUACAAUACCCUGCUGUGACACUGAAAAUGACCUGUUACACACUAAUCAUCAAGGCUUUACUAAUAUAUAUCUUACUACCUGGCUAAGUUGGGAAAGCCCGUUUAUAGUGCCCUGGGGGAUAUGGCCGACCGCAGAUAACUCAAUUUUAGUAGCGUGUCAUACUUAAGUACAUUCUCAUAUUGAAGUGGUGCAGGAACAGAUGUCACCAGUGCGUUGUGACAUACAGUAUUAUACAGUGUUUAAGUAUUUUGGGACAGUCCAAGCUCAGCACAUAAUGUUUUGGCAUUGACAGUAUACAACAACUGACAUCACUCAUAACUCAAUUGCUCAACACAGUUCAAAGCUCAUUUACACUUAUUACAUUAUUAUUUAUUACAUUGUAUAAACACAUCAUGUUUUCUCUAUUCCUCAUUGUUGCACUGACCAUAAUUGGUAGUUCUGUUCUAGGAUCAGUUAACCGCCAUUUAUCAGAUACUGAUAUGGAUGUGUGAGGCAAAAAUACUUGCCUAGGAUCAGUUGUCUGGGAAUGGUAGCUACAGCUGUUGCCUGAAAUGUUGGGUCGGACACACCGUGAUGACGAAUGGCUAAAAGCUGGGUGCCGGUGAACGGUGGCUCUUUGCACUGAUUCAACAUGUAGAAUCAUCUGAAAAUGAACAAAAAAUGGCGGCCAAUAUUCUUGUCAGAGGCACUCUGGUGUGUUUCCUCUCUAACAAGAGUCACUGCUUUUUUUAACAGAGAUCAGACGGAGGGGUUCCAAGGACCUGCUGAAGAUGUGUGUCCUGCUGGAGGGGGUUGAGGGGGAGGUGGAUGAGGGGCGACCCGUGCCCCCCCAGAUCUACGACAUGACCUAUGAGGGUGGUGUGGAGGGCGAUGGAGGGAGCGGGAAGACCCCGGUCACCAGGCCAGAGUUAGACCCCCGGCCCCCAGCUGAGUACCAGCUGCCCUGGGAGCGGAAGAAGGAACAGAUUGUCAAGGCUCUGCCCGGUACUAUAGUCUAGAGAAGAGACAAGACCUACUGCACAAUCAUACACAAUUCUAGCACACUACCACUGGCUAUACAGCUAUGCAACCCCUAUCACAACUAUCUACUGAUGCAAUGAUGCAUCGAUUAAGUGCCUGACCCCUCAAGCUCUAAGGUCUAUAACGUAAUUAGACAUUCUAAACCAGUACACACGCCACAACAGAUCAAUCAAUAUCAAUAUACAGUAUUUGCUACACAGAAGUUGACCACCCCCUUCAUAUAUUUUCUCCCUCUGCUCUGACCCCUCCUCGUCCCCAGCCCAGUUCGACAGCCCUGAGCGCCCCUCCCCAACCAAAGAGGACCCCCCCACCCUCACCCUCACACGGCAGCCCCAGCAGCAGCACCAACAGCAGCAGCAGCAUCUGCGACAAAAGAGCUGGAGUCAGAAGAUCCUGAAGUCCUCUCCCACCUUCUUGCCCUCCCUCUCCUCCCCGCCCAGCAUCGGCCCUGAGGCUGAGGUGUGCCGGGUGGACCCCACCGUGCCCCUGGAGAAACAGAGGUGAGGUGGGGGAGACAGGGUUUAUAGGUCAACGGCAGGGACAGAUGCAAUAGAUUGUUGCUUUAAAAAACACUUAUCUUUAGUUUUUUCUGCAGCACAUAACAAUACAUUAAAUAUGUAGAUAUGUACCUGUCACUCUCUCCAUGUACUGGUAGGGGAGAGUGGGGUAAGUUGAGUCAUUUUUACAUUCAACAUCACUAUAUCAAGAGAAAUAUAGUGUUCUUUCUAACAAAGAUAUCUACAUAUACAGUACCAGUCAAAAGUUUGGACACACCUACUCAUUCAAUGGUUUUUCUUAAUUUUUUUUACUAUUUUCUACAUUGUAGAAUAAUAGUGAAGACAUCAAAACUAUGAAAUAACACAUAUGGAAUCAUGUAGUAACCCAAAAAGUGUUAAACAAAUCUAAAUAUAUUUUAUAUUUGAGAUUCUUCAAAUAAAUCAAAUCAAAUGUUAUUUGCCACAUGCGCCGAAUACAACAGGUGUGUAGACCUUACAGUGAAAUGCUUACUUACAAGCCCUUAACCAACAAUGCAGUUUUUAAGUAAAAAAAUUAAUAAUGUUAAGUAAAAAAUAGAUAAGUAAAAAUAGCAAAUAAUUAAAGAGCAGCAGUAAAAUACAAAUAACAGUAAGGAGGCUAUAUACAGGGGGUACCGGUACAGAGUCAAUGUGUGGGGGAAUCGGUUAGUCUAGGUAAUAUGUACAUGUGGGUAGAAUUAAAGUGACUAUGCAUAAAUAAUAAACAGAGUAGCAGCAGCGUAAAAGAGGGGGUUGGGGUGGGGUGGGGGCUGCAAUGCAAAUAGUCAGGGUAGCCAUGAUUAGCUGUUCAGGAGUCUUAUGGCUUGAGGGUAGAAGCUAUUAAGAAGCCUAUUGGACCUAGACUUGGCGCUCCGGUACCACUUGCCUAGGGUGGCUGGAGUCUUUGACAAUUUUUAGGGCUUUCCUCUGACACCGCCUGGUAUAGAGGUCUAGGUAAUAUAGCCUCCUUACAUGUGGUCCUCUGUAGCUCAGCUGAUAGAGCACGGCGCUUGUAACGCCAAGGUAGUGGGUUCGAUCCCCGGGACCACCCAUACACAAAAAUGUAUGCACGCAUGACUGUAAGUCGCUUUGGAUAAAAGCGUCUGCUAAAUGGCAUAUUAUUAUUAUUAUUAUAGGUCCUGGAUGGCAGGAAGCUAGGCCCCAGUGAUGUACUGGGCCGUGCGCACUACCCUCUGUAGUGCCUUGCGGUCGGAGGCCGAGCAGUUGCCAUACCAGGCGGUGAUGCAACCAGUCAGGAUGCUCUUGAUUGUGCAGCCGUUUAAUUUUUUAGGAUCUGAGGACCCAUGCCAAAUCUUUUCAGUCUCCUGAGGGGGAAUAGGCUUUGUCGUGCCCUCUUCACGACUGUCUUGGUGUGUUUGGAUCAUGAUAGUUUGUUGGUGAUGUGGAAACCAAGGAACUUGAAGCUCUCAACCUGUUCCACUACAGCCCCGUCGAUGAGAAUGGGGGUUUGCUCAGUCCGCUUUUUUAUCCUGUAGUCCACAAUCACCUCCUUUGUCUUGAUGACAUAGUGAAUGGAAAAAUGGCAAUCUUCGUGUAAAUAAAAAAUGUUUUUGAAGACAAUCAUGGUACCAAUAAUUUAUUCUAAUACACCAGAUGUAUGUAAUUGAACCAACUAUUUUAAAAUUGCACACAGAAUAAGUUUAGUUGGUAAUUUCAGCCUGCAGUACCCCAGUUGGCCUUCAACUAGAGUUACUCAAUUAGAAGAGGCAGCACUGAGCUAGCCUGCAACGGCACUUCCUGGAGUAGGUCAAACUGUGCAUGUUAUCUUUCCAUGAGACGCCAUUUUAACCAAAUUCAUUUGGCAUCAAUGCACUAUUGAGUCUUCACAUAGGAAUGAAUGGUGUCACGUGAUGGCUUUGUCCAUUCAUAUAUACAUUUACAUCUACAUUUACAUUUACGUCAUUUAGCAGACGCUCUUCUCCAGAGCGACUUACAAAUAGGUGCAUUCACCUUAUAGCCAGUGGGAUAACCACUUUAUACAGUAAACUAACCCUUUAGCUCAACCUACCCCACUCUCCCCAAUACCUUGCAGAGUUACCUUAUGUUGUUCAGAUAUUCUAUUGUUGAUAUUAGUGAACCACUUCAAUACAGGAUUCAUCUACUAUUUUGUAAGGCCUUUGUACUUUGUUAGCUCCAUGUGCUCAGGAGACUUUCCUCCAGCUCCUCUCAUUUCUGACCCCUGUGCCUUCCCUUCCCUCUGUCCCUCGGUUGCUCUAGCUGGUACCAUGGCUGUGUAACACGCCAGGAGGCAGAGUCUCAGCUCCAGUCCUGCAAAGAGGCCAGUUUCCUGGUGAGGAACAGCGAAUCAGGAACCAGCAAAUACUCCAUUGCUCUCAAGUGAGUAUACUAGUCACUAGUACAUCUGUACAUUCUCUUCAGAGCUGAUACCAUACUUAAUGAGUCAAAAAAUCAUCACAAAUUGUACAUUGCCUUGCCGUUGAUGCAUUGGAUCCUUUUAUGCUAAUUUAAGGCUACAUAAUAUGAAUUGUGUGGAAUAACAAGCCAGUGUUUGAAUUUGAGAUUUCAAUUAAAGUAAUCGAUCCUUUUUACCUCUCUACCUUUGUUUAUUCCCUCUCUCUCAGGACAAGCCAGGGCUGUGUUCACAUCAUUGUUGCCCAGACUAAGGAGAAUGGCUACACACUGGACCAGAGUAGCUGUGUGUUUCCCAGCAUUCCAGAGGUGGUGCACCACUACGGCACUCAGCGGCUGCCUUUCAACGGGGCCGAGCACAUGACCCUACUGCACCCCGUGCCACGCCCUUACUGA